AUGGGGAAAAAGGCCAAUGCAUUUGCCACCGCUGCCGCCGCCAUUAAUCUUGUCAAUGCCAUCUUCUGCUUGGUCUUUACUAAUAUCUUUGAUCAGCCGGAUCUCAUGACUGGCAUUGUGGCCCUCCUCUUCUUCUUCCUCGACGCGAUAUUUACCCUCGUGCUCGUCGUCUUCUUGCUCAUUGGCAUUGUCUACGCCUGUCAGCUUAAGGAACCAACUGUAGCAGCCCGGCGUUUCUAUCACAACCGCGUGUCCUUGCAGUCUACCAGGUGGUUGCUUCGAAAGGAAAAUAGACAGGCGAUUGAGCUAGUCCCUCUCCCAGAAGCGACCACGUCUAGAAAAUACGACUACCAGCGACGUACAAGUUCGUCUUCAUGUCAGCCAAAAUUGUGA